AUGGCCGAAUAUCCAGAUCGAAUCGGUCCUGACCACGCGCCCAAGCGCAGCUUUGGAGAGAAAUGCAGACGUCUCGCGAAGGCGUUUAGUACGAGGGAAGGACUCAUUGGAAACUACGACUACGCAUUUCUUUUCAAGCCCAACCUCCCGUUCCUGAAGAAGGAGCGGCGAGCAGCUCCGUUCUUCGGUCUGAACGACCGCAUGCCCGUUUUCCUGGCAUUGCUCUUGGGCUUCCAGCACGCACUUGCAAUGUUGGCCGGCGUCAUCACGCCGCCCAUCAUCCUCGCCAACGCGGCGAACCUCACCCCAGAGCUCCAGAAGUACCUCGUGUCGACGUCGUUGAUCGUGUGCGGUAUCCUGUCUUCCAUCCAGAUCACCCGCUUCCACAUCUACAAGACGCCGUACUACAUCGGCACCGGACUCAUCAGCGUCGUCGGCACGUCAUUUGCGACCAUCCCCGUAGCCACCGGCGCCCUCAGCCAGAUGUACGCAACGGGAUUCUGCCCCACGGCAGCGAAUGGAACCAAACUCCCAUGCCCGGACGGCUACGGCGCGAUCCUGGGAACGCAGUGCAUCUGCGCGCUUCUCGAAAUCCUGAUGGCCUUCACGCCUCCCCGGAUCCUCAAGCGCAUCUUCCCGCCGCUCGUCACUGGACCGACCGUCAUGCUGAUCGGCGUCAAGCUCAUUCAGUCCGGGUUCCAGAACUGGGCGGGUGGCUCGGGGGACUGCAAGUCCAUGCCCGCGACUGGUCUCUUCCGAUUGUGCCCCAAUAUCAAUGCGCCGCGACCGUUGCCAUGGGGUUCUGCUGAGUUCAUCGGCCUCGGAUUCUCCGUCUUCAUCACCAUCAUCCUCUGCGAGCGCUUCGGAUCUCCUAUCAUGAAGUCUACGGCUGUGGUCAUUGGUCUGCUGGUUGGCUGCAUCAUUGCGGGUGCAACUGGAUACUUCGACAAGAGCACCAUCGAUGCUUCGCCCGCCGCCUCCUUCAUCUGGGUGCACACCUUCAAGCUUAGCGUGUAUGGGCCGAUAGUGUUACCGUUAUUAGCAGUCUACAUGGUCCUCGCCAUGGAGGCCAUCGGCGAUAUCACAGCAACGUGCGACGUGUCGCGUCUAGAAGUCGAUGGCGAGCUGUUCGACUCUCGCAUCCAGGGAGGCGUGCUCGCUGACGGUCUCAAUGGCAUCCUCGCUGGCCUCUGCACCAUCACCCCGAUGUCCACAUUCGCACAGAACAACGGCGUCAUCGCGCUCACGCGCUGCGCCAACCGCAAGGCUGGAUAUGCCUGCUGUUUCUGGCUCAUCAUCAUGGGUAUCUUCGCCAAGUUCGCUGCCGCUCUGGUCGCCAUCCCCAGCUCCGUGCUCGGUGGCAUGACGACCUUCCUCUUCUCCGCCGUCACGGUGUCCGGUAUCAGGAUCAUUUCCACGAUGCCAUUCACGAGGCGGAACCGCUUCAUCCUGACCGCUGGGUUCGCGCUCGGUUUCGGCGCCACCAUGGUUCCUAAGUAA